GCUGUUGACAGUUCUUGUUGUCUGCGAUACAUGUAGUUGUCAUCGUCGUCAUAAUAAAACAAUGUCAAAGUAUCUUGCAUAAAAUAAAUUAAAUAGAUAAAUUUUCCUGCCUGUUUUGUCCAUGACUACUUCAACAAUUCCACGAAUUAGAAUGCGAAAAUAGUCAACAAACAAUUGUCGAUAGAGAAAGAACGUUUUUAGUUUUGUUUCGGUUGGUGUAAUUUGUUAAAGUGAUUUUACGAAAACCAAAACAUUCACAAACAUGGAAACGAGCCGUGAAGAGAUGUGUAAAAGUCUGACCGAUUGGUUUUUGGUUUUCUAUAAUGAAAAUUGCAUUUCACAAGAUCAACACGAGAAAAACUAUUUGAACGAUUUGACUGAUGGAGCAGCAAUGGCGAUUGCAUUGGAAAAAUUGGCACCCGAUUAUUUUACAGAUACAUGGUUUUCCAAGUUUAAAGUUAAUGUGGGCGAUAAUUGGCGCAUCAAAGUGAGCAAUUUGAAAAAACUCAUCGAAACCGUCACCGAUUAUUACAGUGACGUAUUAAACAUUACACUGAACGAGUUCAUUUGUCCAAAUGUGGUGAAAAUCGGCGAAAAAGGCGAUAAAUGUGAACUGGGACGAUUUUUACAAUUGAUUUUGGGAUGUGCAAUUAACUGUUCUUCGAAAUUGGAUCAUAUCCGUCAAAUCAUGGAGUUGGAAGAGUCACUGCAGCGCAAUAUAAUGCAAGCAAUCCAAGAAUUGGAAUCAUCAUAUCAAGGUGCAAUGGCAUCAAAAGCCUCUUCGAUUAGCAAUUUUGAUACCAAAUCCAUUCAAGAAGACCGUGAUCGAUUGGCACAGAAGUGUCACGAAGCCGAAAGACAAAUCGCACUCCUAUUGGAGGAAAAGUUGCAAAUGCAACAAGAAUUGAAUAAACUGCAACGCGAAGUUGAUGUGUACGAAAAUCCAAAAGGUGCUUUAAUCGGUGAUGAUGGUGCAUCACUUGGGCCAAUGUUGCCCGGAUCGAAUCGACACAACGAUUUGCGCCGUCAGAUCGACGCACUCAAGGACGAUUUACUGCAAACGGAGGCGCAACGCGAUGAUUUUAAGAUCAAAUCGAUUCAAUUGGAGGAAGAGCUGGUGGUUGUUAGACUUAAAUUGGAUGAAUCAAGCCAAGCUCAAAGUGAAUUAUCACAGUUGAAAGAUGAAUUGGAUGCCCUUCGUGAGGCGAAUGAUAAGCUGAAAGUGAGUGAAGCGCUCAUAUCUACAUACAAGAAAAAACUCGAAGACUAUUCCGAUUUAAAGCGUCAAGUAAAGCAACUCGAAGAGCGCAAUGCUGAUCUUACACAGCAAACAAUGCACAAAGAGGAAAAUGUGAAGAAGUUAUCGGCACUCAAAGGUCAAGUUGAGCUGUACAAGAAGGAAAUUCAAGAAUUGCACUCACGUCUCGAUACAGAGAUCAAUAAGUGUGUUAAGAUUGAGUUUGAGUUGAAUAAUUCAAACGCAAAAUUGACUGCGUUGCAACGAGAGUACGAGAAUUUGACCAUUGAACGUGAUUCACUGUUGGAGCAAUGUGAUCAAUUGCGAUGUUCACAAGGAAUGUCGACCGAUGGUGAUCGCAAUGCGAUUUCAAAUGAAUUGACUUCGCCAGCGCAACGGGAGAGAAUUCGUCUGUUGGAAGAAGAGAAUAAGGCAUUGCGUGAAGGACAAGGUGGCCAAACGGCACUCGCUCAAAUGCUCGAGGAUGCUAAUCAGCGUUCGGAGAAACUUCGAGAGCAAUUGAAAGCGGCCAACCAGAAAAUACUCACACUAUCGGCUCAAAAUAGUUCCGAUGGAAGUGAUACUGGGAAAGCCGCCCAGCAAAAGGAAUCACUUGAAAGCAACGAUCAAAAAGGUCUACAAAGUGAAAAUGGACGAUUGCAGAGCAAAUGCUCACAACUGGAAGCAUCACUGAAUGCACGCGAACAAGAGAUAAUCACACUCGAAACGAAAUAUCGAAAAUGCGUUGAGAAGGCCAAGGAUGUGAUUAAAUGCUAUGAACCACGUUUAAUCUCGGAUUCACCACAAAUGACUGAUAAAAACCCGGACAGUGAGAAUGAAUUACUUGUUGCUUCAUCACAUUCACAACCGACGAUGAGUCCUCUCGAGGAGCGUUUGAUGGCAACUGCAUACCAUAAUUUGGCUGUUUCAUGUCAACGCGAUGUGGUCGAUGCACGUUUAGCCUUGAUUAAUGCUGGUGGUCAAAGUUUCUUGUCGCGACAGCGUCAACCUCCUACCCGAAAAACAUCGCUGAACAAACGAACCAAAUGACUGUAGUCACACAAACGCAAUCUCUGCUUUAUUUUUUAUUUUUAUUUUCACUUUCAUCACCAGAUCAAGUUUUCUUUUGCUUUUAAAAAAGUCACCCGAAAUUUGUAAAAGAGCUUUCACCGAAGAAUUGUCACAAAUUGUUUUAAGCCUGUAUUACAUACAUCAUAUGUAUUAUAACAUAUUUUCUGUUUUCCAAAUUGUUAAUAUUUUAUUGUAUGAAUUUUAUAAUUAUUGGCACCACACCGUUUUCUUCUUAAGUAGUGCUCAAUUCAAGCAAAACCAGCCAAUUAUGAACCAAAUCGCACCCGAACCAGACGUAAUCCCACGAUACUGUUGAGAUCGAACAUAAAGACAUUUAUUUUUCCAUUAACAAUAAAAUGUUAUUACAUGAGCUAUUAUUCAAAUUUAGAAAAUAAAACGUAAACUUUUCACAAAA